UCAGUGCGAACGAGUCGAGUCAACGCUGAGGUUCAGUCUGGUGCCCCAACGCCAAAGGAAUCUGCAAUCAAAAUAAAAAACCCAAAUCCAAAUCAAAUCAAAUCAAAUUAUAAAAUGAAUCACCUGCAAGGAUCCCUGCUGCUGGUGUUGCUCCUUCUGGGAGCUACCGCCCCGACUCCGACCCGGGCGGGGCUCUUCGAUUGCGAGGACAAGGUGCCCGGCUUGAGCGAUCUGAAUGAGAAGAUCUCGGAGAUUUCGGGCGGGAGUGGCAGUAGCGAGCACGAGGUUCGGGACUUCUUCAAGAACUUCGGUUGCCACAUCAAGGAGGGGGCCAAGAAGCUGGGCGCGAAGGCCAAGGAUCUGGGCACCGAGCUGAAGGAGGGCGCCCAAAAGCUGGGCGAGAAAGCCAAGGUCCUGGGCAGCGACAUCAAGGACCGCUUCGACGGCUUCCGCGAGAAGCUCUCCAAGGACUCCGUCGAGGAGAUGAGCAAAGACCGCGGCUUCCUCGCCAACGUCGAGGUCAUAAACCCGGACAUCCUCAAAGGCGAACAGCAAUGCGGCCACGGCCACAUCCUCGACGCCUUGGGCAACUGCAGCAAAUUGAGGAAGUAGACCCAUCUGGGUACCCAUGGACGGGACGGAACCCUUUGUACAUAUUUUUUAAGCAUUGUGAGCGACUUUUUUUUAAUUUUAUGAUUUCCUUUGUCUGUGUGUGUUUUUAU